CCCGGGUCUGUGGCGCUGUGAGGUAGCAACUCUACCGCUGCAUCACAGUGCCGCCCCUUGAGGUAUGAUUCUGGAAGGUUUAAAACGGCCGAUCAAAAUUCAUAGUCCUCAAGAUGUGUAAUUCAUUGGAGCGGAUGUUGAUAAUUCGAUGAGGAACAGAAUAGUGGAAUCACAUGAUGAAUGGGACCGUACAGUGGGAGGUAGUCACAUCCGCAACGUUUAACCGAUUCAGAUACUUCUUUUAACCAGAGACGGAAUGGAUAGUUUCUGUGUUUCAGUGUGGGAUUCAGUUUGGGAUUAUGAUACUCCCAGGAUUUUGAUCAUCAAAAACAAAACAGUUGGAGUCGUGAACAGGUUUAUUCAAUGCAUAAUCAUCGCAUAUAUUAUCGGGUGGGUGCUUGUAUGGGAGAAAGGCUACCAAGAAUUUGACUCUCCCACUGCCUCAGUCACCUCCAAAGUGAAAGGUAUUGCCUUUACAAAUUCCAGUCUGCUUGAAGAACACCUAUGGGAUCCAGCUGAUUAUGUUAUUCCUCCACAGGAAGAAUCUGCAUUUUUUGUUAUGACCAAUGUCAUUGUUACCAGGAAUCAGGUGCAAGGCUUGUGUCCUGAGUUACCAAGUCGAGCAUCUAGAUGCAAAUCAGACAGUGAUUGUACAGCUGGAUAUCAUGAUUCACAGAGCAAUGGCGUUUUAACUGGAAAAUGCAGUAAAGGCGUAAAGACGUGUGAAAUGUACGGAUGGUGCCCUGUGGAGAACGAUGCAGUUAUUCCCAAUCCUGCAAUUCUUGAAGAAGCUGAAAAUUUCACAGUGUUGAUCAAGAACAGCAUUACCUUCCCUAAAUUUCAAUUUUCAAAGAGAAAUAUAUUGUCGAGUGCAAAUGCAAGCUACUUAAAAGUUUGUAGGUUCCAUCAGAAAAAUGAUCCAACCUGUCCAAUUUUUAUCCUGGGAGAUAUGGUUCGAGAUGCAGGAGAAAAUUUUCAGGAAUUAUCUGUUCAGGGUGGAGUGAUGGGUAUUUUAAUAAAGUGGAAUUGUAACCUGGAUCGACCAGCAUCUGAAUGUUUCCCAGUGUACAAAUUUCGCCGGCUUGACAAAGGUACAAAUGAAGCACUGUCGCCUGGUUAUAAUUUUAGAUUUGCUAAAUACAACAUAAAUGAAAAAGGAAAACAAACAAGAACAUUAUACAAAGCAUACGGUAUACGAUUCAUCAUUGACGUUUUUGGUAAGGCUGGAAAAUUUAACAUUAUCCCAACAUUGAUAAAUGUAGGAUCUGGCUUGGCCUUACUGGGAAUGGCAACAAUUGUGUGUGAUAUAAUUGCCCUGAACAUCUUAAAAAAAAAACAUCAUUAUGAAGAACUGAAGUUCAAAUCUAUUAAAGACGGUGAAUUGGCUCUGUUGGAAGAAGGGUCCUAACCCAAAACAUCACCUGCCAAUUUUCAACAGAGGCUGCCUUACUCCAGCAUUUUGUGUCCAUCAAUAGGCUCGGCUGGAAUGAUACAAAAUCACAGGAAUCCAAACUGGCUUUUGGCACAUGAAUUGGUGUAAAAAAAAAAAAUCACAUUUUCUAUUUGGCCUUUGACAAACAUGUCCACUUCAAGGCUAUAUGUUUUUAUAAAUGUUUAAUCUUAAAAGGGAAAAAAUAUUCUAAUUGCUAUUAUUAACUAAUGAAUUUUGAUGUUGAAAUAAAAAUAGCAGUUAUUGACAUGCAGAAAGUUACUGCGAACAGCAAACAGAUUUUAUCUGGUGAAAACAAUCAUUUGAGAACUGUUGUCGAUGUGGAUCAGUUUAUCCUUUGAUAUGGACAUUAAAGUGUUGAAUGGAAAAACCC